AUGUACAGAAUUAAUAGUAGGUUUUUGAUAAUUGACGGUUGGGUGAUUGAUCUAGUAAAGAAAGCUUUGAUAAACCCCAAAGAAUCGGCUACAUUUCAAAAUUUUAUAAGUAGCUAUCACCUUUUAGACUGGGAUGAUAUCUAUGAUGAGGAAUUUAAUAUAUAUUGUGAAGAUGAUCGUAACCUGUUUGAAGUAAUAGAUGCAGAUGAGUACUGGUUCCAAAUAGACCCCAUAACUGGCUCGGUAUUGAAAGUUUCCAAAAACCAGUUGAGUGAUUUAGUAGGCUUGAGGUGCCAUAGGCUAUCAAUGGGGCAUAAGAAAACGCUUUAUAUUCAUUACCAUCCAUACGAAAAAAAUAUGCCAAGGACGUGUCAGAUGCAGUACAUGCACAAAGACUUAAAGCAACGGUUUUAUCCGCUGUGCACCUUUAAGGGUAAAAAAUUCAUCGAAAUUGAAGGAUUUGUCAUUAAGUUGAGCAAGUUCAUCAAAAAACCACCCAAAUUAGUGGAACAAACUUUAUUUGACCCUUCAUCAUCAAAUGGCAAGGAAGGUACGUUGUCCGUGAAUGAUUGCUACCUUCUAAGGAAGGUUUUCAAGGGUAGAUCGCUCUUGUAUUUAAAGUUGAUCAAUUCGAAUUUUUUGACCAUUAAAGACAUAACCCUUUUUCAUUUGUCUUUGAAGCAAAUUCUGGUAAAAUUGAAGAAAAUCAAUGACUAUUACGUUUGUGAAAAAUAUCACGGUCAAAGGACCACUGACCAGGUCUCGAUACAUUUAGCAAUACCAAUAAUUUGUAUUGAUAAUCAUACUAAAUAUAUUGUUUGGGAGAAUCCCAUUUUUUCUACACGAAAUUUUGAUGCAGAAAGUGUCGGAAAGCAAUUGAAGUCGGAAAUGAGAAUUGUUGAUCGAUUGUUUAAAAACGAUAUUAUAACGUUAGAAAACUACAUCCUCAGAAAUGAACAAUUUUCCAAUACUCAACAAAUAGAUCAUCAAAGCACUAUUGAUUCAAUUUCAUCGACUUGCAUUUGUGUCAACGGAAAAAUCGUUGCACAGAAAUUCGGAUCACUUCUAAACCAGAUCAUUUUUCAAGGAAAGAUUCAGGAUACUUCCGUGUAUCUGAUCGAAGAAGAUUUCAUUUUCGGUCGGCUAUCAAAAAUAAUAUCUAAUUUUUGUUUAACUGAGUCAAUGGCUAGGUUACAAUGGUGGCAAAACUGUAUACGAAGUGAGUUUGAUAUAACAGAUUUCGAUGUUUGUCACCAAAGCUGUAAUGAAAUAAAGCAGAUUGUUGAUAAGGCGAUUGAAUUUUUUUUACCUGCAUUAAUCACGCAACACCAAAAGGUUUUCUCAGGACACAGAAUGUAUGGAUUAACAAAUCCGGAGCUUUCAAAGAGGUAUAUGAUAGUCGACAAAUUUAUAGUUGAUGUGUUUGAACGAAGGGUGGUGAAUCCAUUGAGCGACGAUAUUUUCCGAAUAAUGAGCUUCAGAAAUGCAAAACUAAAUAUGAGCAAUGGUCUUUUGGAUUGGAGCUCAUUGGUAUUCGAUUCUAUACCGUAUCCUGUAUUUUCACCGGUGUUGUUUACAUUGGUUGAGACAGAAGAAUUUGAACUGGUAUGGAAUGAAAGUUUGCAGGCGUUUCUUAUAUUUGAUCGUACAACUGCCGUUGAUCAGAAUUUAAUUGUACGAAGGAAAGGGAUAAAAUUGGAUUUUAAAUCUUACGGGGAUAAGUAUUUAUAUCAAGGUGAGGCAGAAGAUUUAGAAAGAUUCAAGUUUUUACCAAAUCCCAAAGACUUGACAUUUAUUGAUGGAGACAAAAACUCAGAGAAAUUAAGAUUCAUGUGGCGGGAAAUGGAACGUGUUAAGUCGCUUUAUCAGCAACACAAGUUAGUCGAAGAAUCUUUUCGUUGCUAUUUGAAAUUCAUGGACCUCAAGGGCAUCUUCUCAGAUACUAAGAAACAUCAAAAAGAGAACAGAAUAGACUCCGAAGCAUAA